AUGUUUAUUUCUAAAGAUAUAUGUCCUGUGCCAUUUGAUCAACAACCUUUAAAUGAAUUUACUUCAUUAAAAAAAUCUUGUUUUUUUUCUUGGUCUUUAUCAUCAAUUACUAAAUAUUUUAAUACACUUUUCAUAAUAUUUUUAUGUCUAUUUUUUGGACUUUAUCCAUUCAUCUAUAUUAUAUGCCUUAACAAAAAUAAUAUCCUACAGAUAUGUAAAUAUGACAUUUGUACAAUAAAUUUUAUAUUUAUAAUUAUAUUUACACGAUUAUAUUUAGGCUGGUCUUAUAUAGUUAAGAGAUUGGUUAGUUCAACAAUAUUUUAUGAAGAAUCAGGUUGGUAUGAUGGCCAAAUUUGGAUUAAAAAUAUUGAAAGUAUAACACAAGAUCGCUUAAUUGGAUUGUAUGAAGUAAUGCCAUUUAUAAACAGAAUUAAAUAUAGUCUCUUCAUAUCGACUAUAUGCUUUCUUUCAGAAUUAGUGAUAAUUUAUUUGAUUUAA